AAAGACGGAACACCGUAUUAAAAGGAGGAAUUUUACGUUUAUUCUUUGGAAGAAUAUUCUGAAACUGUCGAACAUACUGUGUCGUCAGAAAUGAACGUGCAUUAAAGUCUGCAAAUUUUGUCCUACGAGUGUUUUACGAUUGCGGAUUACGACAGUUAAUCGUUUUCUUCCUGUUGCCUUAACUGAGAAAUGAGAUGCGAAUAAAUCGAUUACAUUUCUCCUGAAAAUCACCGCUCGCUGAACUCACCACAGGUCACGUGCAGACAGUGAUAUUGUUGUCUGUCUCCUAAAAAUCAACAUUCAGUAUGGUGGAUGAGAAAAAAAUGUCGUCAUUAUAAGGAAGGAUUUAAUUGGAAACUAAUAUCAUUAAUGGAAAAGGACAGCACAAAAAGUAUGUCACCGCAAGCUCGUUUCGAAGAGCAGUUUGCCCCUUUGAAAGUUGCUGACGAAACCAUAGACGCGCUUGACCUGACGCCGGCCAUUUCUGAGGAACAUGAACCGGAAAUUGAUCGUCCACCAGUACAGAUUGUUUGGCGGAACGCGAUACUGAUGGGGUCGUUACAUCUUGCUGCGCUAUAUGGACUGUAUCUCAUACCAAAUGCGAAGAUAUCAACACUUGUUUGGGCAUAUUUUCUGUACAUUAUUGGGGGACUUGGUAUUACGGCCGGUGCUCACAGACUAUGGGCUCACAGGUCGUACAGGGCGCGGCUGCCAAUGAGGAUCGUACUUGUCGUAUUCAACUCUUUGGCUUUCCAGAAUGACGUCAUAGAAUGGGCGAGAGAUCAUAGGGUUCAUCACAAAUUUUCGGAAACGAAUGCCGAUCCCCAUAAUGCAAAACGCGGGUUCUUCUUCGCUCACGUGGGAUGGUUACUAGUAAGAAAACACCCGGAUGUAAAAAGUAAAGGGAAACUCCUUGACGUGUCUGAUCUGAUGAAAGAUCCUGUUCUCCGUUUUCAGCGGAGGUUUUACCUACCAUCUGUGAUAGUGCUGUGUUUCCUCAUCCCAACGAUUGUACCAGUGUUUUGUUGGAGUGAAUCAGUUAUCAACGCGUAUUUCAUAUGUGCCACAUUAAGGUAUAUAGUCACACUAAAUUUCACAUGGCUUGUUAACAGUCUUGCUCACAUGUGGGGUAUGAGACCGUACGAUGUAAAUAUCAACCCAGCAGAGAAUGUUUUCGUCGCCAUGGUUAGCGCGGGAGAGGGAUUCCAUAAUUACCACCAUACUUUUCCACAAGACUAUUCGACGUCAGAAUUUGGAUGGUGUCUGAACAUCACAAAAUUCUUUAUAGAUAUCUGUGCUGUCUUCGGUCUAGCGUGCGACCGGAAAACCAUUCCAAAAGAAAUAGUCGAGCAGAGACGGCUGCGAACUGGAGAUACACGUGUACUUAAUGCGGAGCUGAAACAGGAAUAAAUGUUGGGAACGACUAUGGUGCUAGCCGUUUCUAGAAUGGGAACUUUUAUUCUUUUAGCAUUUGCUUUGUUGACUUAAUCAUACAUUUUUACGUCGUUGAGUAGGGGACCCCAGGACGCAAGUUCCGCUUCAUUAGUCAGUUCCAGAAUAAAGCUGUUCGGAAUAAACCAAUCAAAUGAUGGAGUAGAGAGAUCGAUCUCCAGCUCAGCUUCAUGGAUUUGAAGCACGUACAUUGUGUAUAACAAUUAAACAGCAUAAUUUAUGGUCUAACAUAUGAAUUGAAAUUUAAUAAAAGAAAUGGUACCUAUU